AUGAGCCUUAAUGUAUCGUCAACGAAUAUGACUUCUGUUCCUCCCACCGAAGCAGUUCAAGUUGGCCAUGGUGACGCCGUCUGGAUUUUGACUAGUGCUUUCAUUAUCUUUACCAUGAUCUCUGGAUUCGGACUAGUUGAGUCAGGUCAGUUGAAUCAGUUCGAUAUUCAUAAUUUUAAGAAAAUGUGCUUUUUUUAAGGAAAUUUUCGUUUGGCAUACUCAAUUGGGGGUAAAGCUACAGGAAUCUCACAGGAUCGUGAGAAAUUGUUUCGCGACAAAUCUUGUUAUGUCAAGUCUACACAAGUAAUGAUAACUUACCUCGGAUGUUGAGAGAGAGCACUCACUUCGUGGGUUUUAUUUGAUUUGUUAACUUAACGUGACAUGCACUGCCUGACAGUAUUAUACCUAACAAUGUCUUAUAGUCUUUGUAUUGAACUUGAUUAUCACCAGGUAUGGUAUCUAAGAAAAAUGAGACCAACAUUAUGGUAAAGAAUGCCCUGGAUGUGAUUUUCGGUGGCCUCUCCUAUUGGAUAUUUGGCUUCGCUUUCAGUCGGGGAGAACCAGACGAUGAACAUGGUAAAUACAAUGCAUUUUCAGGAUCAGCAAACUUUUUUGCUGACGCAAGCCGGUCAAGAAUGGGAGGCGUGUUCGCUUUGUAUUUCUUUCAAGCAUCUUUUGCAACAACCGCAACAACGAUUGUGUCAGGUGCCAUCGCAGAGCGUGCAAAUUUGCAAGCUUAUAUGGUCUUCUCUUUCACGAACACGUUGGCUUUCUGUUUUCCAGCUUACUGGGUUUGGGGAGAGCACGGCUGGCUGAAAGAGCUUGGAGUGAUAGAUGUGGGUGGAGCCAGUCCUGUACACCUAGUGGGUGGGGUUGCUGGCUUGGUGGGGACCAUCAUGCUAAGGCCAAGACGAAACAAGUACAAUGACAAUGGCUUGACACUAAAAAUGGCUUCUCCUACCAAUGUUCUGUUGGGUAUGUUCAUGCUCUGGUGGGGCUGGCUCGGUUUUAACUGUGGAAGCACAUUUGGAGUCAGUGGUGGUAAAUGGAAGCUUGCUUCUCGGUCAGCUGUCUGCACACUGAAUGCUUCUAUUGGUGGCGGCAUCUUUGCCCAUCUGUUUAGUGUCUUUUAUUUGAAGCGUGUUGAUGUACCAACUUUCAUGUCCGGAAUUCUGGGUAGUCUAGUGAGUAUCACGGCAAUAUGUGCCGUUGCCAGGCCUGGGGAAAGCAUUUUCAUUGGUUUCAUUGGUAGUGUGAUCUCAGUGAUGGGGUGGCUUUUGUUGGAGAAGUUUAAUAUUGAUGAUCCUGUCGGCGCUAUCUCAACGCAUGCUGGCGGGGCCAUUUGGGGUAUGCUUGCUGUUGGCUUGUUCGUCGAACAAGAUCGCCUAGAAGAUUUUUCAGAGACAUACGGUGUUUUCAAAGGUGGCCAUUUGAGAAUUUUGGGAGUUCAACUCCUGGCAUGCUUAACAAUUGGACUGUGGGCAGCCGUGGUUGCAUUUUUGCAGUUUUUCAUCAUUGGAAAGUUUAUACAUUUCCGAUUUUCUGAAUAUGAGGAGAAACUGGGUGCUGACUUCUGUGAACACGCUGUAGAUCACAGCACGGAGCGAAAGACACCAAAGCAGCUUCAGAAGCUUGAACGGAUGCGUGCAGCAUUGGCAAUAAAGAAUAAAGUUGCACCUGCCAAUAGUCCAGCUGGAUAUCCUCAAGAGAAAAACCUACGAUUUACUCUGUUCCAAACAAUGGCGGGGGCCUUAUGGAGUGCACGGCGAAGCACGCGGGUCAAUCAGUUACAGGCAGAAGAAAGGGAAGGCAAAGAAAAUGAGAAAGGUCACUCAAAGUUAAGAUCAGUGGCAUCUGUCCUUAGGGGUGGUGGAAAUUUCACUAGAGUCUCUGAAUUUCAGGAAGAGAAAUUAGGAGAGGGUGAGGCCUUUGCUGAAAAUAGGAAAGGUGUGGCAAGGUUUAGGGCCAUAGCGCUUGCUUUGAGAGGUGCUCAGCGGAUCAGGAGAGUUACUCAGUCACCGGCAGAGCAGGAGGGAAAUUCUGAUGAUGACCAUACAAGAACUUAAGCAAGGUUCAGACCUGUGGCAUUAGCAGCAAGGGGUAUUCAACACAAAGCAAACACUAUUCAAGUAAAAAAGGCAGCAAAUUUUUAUAACCAAUCUUAAGUUGUUGAUGAUUGUCCUUAAGUUAUAAAUCUGUUGUAAAAAAGAGUAAAAUGUGCGAUGCUUUUUUCUUUGACAAUCAAAAUAAUUUUCUUAACAUGUGUUCUCCUGAAAAUUUUUCCUUUCUGAUUCACUUAUCCAAACGGCCUGUAAGUUAGAAUGAAUUUCUAAUCAAAUGCAAUUAUUGCACUUUAAUUAGCAAAAUAAAAUUUCUCUAUUACAAGUCUCUAAUUAUAUGUAGUCAUUACCUUGAAUAGACAUUUCAUAAAAAUAGCAUGGGAAAAUUGGCCUUAGAACAUGAAGCAUUUGUCAUCUUAAUGAUCCUUACUUUUCACAACUUUAAUUUCUAAUACUUUGGCCCAAAUUCUCAAUACUCUCCAAUUACUACAGACAACUAAGAAGCAACAGCCAAGAAAUAUCUUGUGGGUGGAAGUCUGUCAUUAUCAUAGUCAUUUGCUGAACGCUCGCACUGCUGAUAUCCCCUCUUAUUACUGGGUAUUAGAUAAGUCGAAGGUAUGAACUUGAUGUGACUUUUCUUCUUGUUUCUCUUUUUGCAUAAAGGUACAAAACAGAAUGCAUCAUUGAAUAAAAGGGGUAGGUCUUGAAAGAAACUGUUACACUGUGUCUGUGCAGGCUGGUUAGUCCCACUUGUGCAACUUUUGGUGUUUGGAGCUACUUUUUGUGGUUCUAGCAACCUCUGGCAAUUUUUACCUUUUUUUCAGAAGUUUUUGAGCAAAUAUAGGUUUAGAGCAAAUAUCAAGUGUCAAGAAGUUCAUGAGAUUGUAAGAAAUUUGAAUCUAUGCGAAUUUCUUGAAUGGUUACCAACCUUUUGAACACAAAUGAACCAGGUAUUGUCUUUAACUUAACUUUCCAGCAUUUUACAAUAACAAUCAGGACAGGCCUAGAGGUAUUACAAGAUAAUUUUUUUUAUCAACUGGGCUAGCAUAGCCAGUUUCUAUUGUUAUUCAGAGCAAAUAAGGAAGGGUUAACACAUGAAACUUCAGCUUAAGAAAUAUCUGUGGGGGCCAAUUUACAUUAACAACUCAGUCGAUAAAACUCAAAAUAUAACACUGCCACAAAUCAGUGACCAGCUGCAGAUAGACAGAUGAUUGUGCCACAACUGGCAGUGCACCCUAAAGAUUUAUAUUGGAUUGCAUGACCAUCAGCAGGAAACCCCCCAAUUCAGAGCUAGUUGCAGUAGUGAAGACAAAUUAUCAUUAGAGUAAACUAUAAAAAAAUCACUACAGAUAAAGUCUGAGGACACUUAAUGUUCUGAAAUAUCAUAAGGGAAGCCAGAUACCUUUUAAGAAUUUUUUCAUAGUUAUUGUUUACUUUGUACAGGAGUUUGAGAGACUGAUUCAGUAUCUGGAGAACCUCUGGAGAAUUUGGGUGCAUUCACACAAUUAUGUGAUAAUUGUUUGAGUUUCAAGCAACUCUUGGUUAGAUUAGCGUCCUGACUGAAAACGACACUCUCUAAGAUAACAAUUUACCAGAAUUUAUGAGAAACUAAAGAUUACAGAACCUUUUUGAGACUGUCAGGGAACUUUUUUACUGUAACUUUAAAUCUGUUAGUCUUACUUCUACUUUUAAUUUUGCUGCGUAAUCUUUUCUAGGAUUAUUUUUCUUUUGAUCGUGAAUAUUGUAAUUUAUUUUUAAUCGCAAGGUAUGUAUUUAACAGAGAAGAACCACCUCGUGGAUCUGUUAAAUAGACCUUCAUUAUUAUUGUUAUUAUUAUUAUUAUUAUUAUUAUUAUUAUUAUUAUUAUUACUAGUUUCAUUAUGUGGCUGUAGUAAUAAAAUGAUAAUAAGUUAAGAAUACCAACUAUACUGCAGCCAUAGAACGCGGCUUCAGCUGAGGGCAUAAUAGCUGGUAGUAUCAACAGGAAGGAAAGACCCAGUUACACUACUAUAUAACUGUCUUUUCUAAAUUGUCGAUCCUGAUACUUAAUUCAUUUGCAGCGAUACCUUAUUCCAAACGAGACCAGGCGAAUAACAACGUUUACAUGCUCCUGACGAGACCCAUGGGAGGUUUCAUCAUCCUCGCAGUGUGAAACGAAUAACUCCUAAAAAUGACUUGUUUUGUAUAACGACCUCCUAACCACACUGCACUGAUUGUAUAUGCAGAACCCAAUUGGAUCUGAUUUUCCAAUUUAGGUUAUGGGAACGAUGACAUUUCCUUUACUCGUCAGGAGUUUGAAGGCCAAAGAGCUAACAAAAACCAUUAAGACCUGGAGGAGAGCAGAUUUUUGUCAGGCGUUAAACGUGUGUGAAUUCGAUUGGAGGAGCACUGGGGCCCAUUACAGUCAUAUCCGAAAUGGCCGCCUUACGGGGUCAAUUGUUGUGUACUCGAAUAGCAUGGGUAUCUAAUCGAUUUGGUGAGUCCAUCUACUUUCCUUCUACAGGAUAAAAAAACUUAGUGUUACAUUAUUCCUACAGGCGAUAUUAUUUGUUUUUUCGUCCGGUAAAUUUCUCUAGUCAUUCUCGAAAAAAUACAUGUUCUUCAUGAAUAAGUAGAUGUUAAUUUUACCGAACACUACUGACGCUAUAUACAGCAGCGGAUAUAUCGUUGAAUUAGGGUGGUAAAAAAUAAGGCCAAACUUUGAACGUCUUUCUAGAGCAUAAUAGUUUACGUGGUUAAUCGGAACAUUUGGACUGUAUUUCUACAUUCCACAUUUAUAGGGGCUUUACACGCUCUCGGUUCAUCGAGCAAGGAUAUAACUCUAAUUUGCCCUUCCCAAUGAGAUUCUCGCAGCACACGCUAAUAGACUUUCUACCGAGCUGAUGAGAGUUACCUGUAAAUAUAAAUUAACUUUCUUUGCAAUUCUGUAGUUUCAAGUGUUACUUUUUCUUAUUUUCACAUUUUAUGUUUUUUAAUGGUUUGAUAGACACAAGUUUUUGGGAAAAGAAAUAAAUCUUAAAAGCAUAUUCCAAACCUUAGAAUUAUUUUAAAAAGGAUCAUUCCCGGUGUCUUUCUGUUAUUAUUAUACAUUCAACCCACUAUCUCUUUUCUGAUUGGCUGAAAGUAUACUGUGAAUUUUCUUGGGACGUCAUUUAGCUGCAUUAUUCAAUUAUCAUGUCAAGGUUACGUGUAAUCAUGUCAUGUAUAACUGCGGUGCAUGAUUUCUGAGAGUAAUCAUGUUAAGUUCUUGCAAUUUGUGUUGCUUGCCAUUAGUGAAGAGGCAAAAAAAAUUAUUUUUUUCAUUCAAUGUACAUUAAAACAAUUUUUAGAUUCAGUUUUUGUGUUAUCUAGAAUAAUCAAGGUCUUGUUAAGGGGUUUUAAGUCUCAGGUUAUCAGCCUCAGCUUCGGCUGAUAACCCCUGCCUCAACCUUGAUUAUUGUGUAUAUGACAAAAAUCUCAUCCAAUAAUUGUUUAUCAUCUGGACUUUCUUUUGCAGUGAAAAGGGGUCAACCUGUUAGGAGGUUUGAAAUCUACACAGAGAAAACUGAACAACGUAAUUUGUUACAUAGAAUCAUAACAGACUGGAAAACCCCAGUAAGUAGCUUGAAAUAAUGAUAUACAGGUGACACCUCUGAAAAGCCUGUCAUUCUUUUCAGCUUGGUUUUAAGUUGGUUUACUAAAGUUUGAGUGUUAAAAAAAAUCUCUAUAUGCACCAGCGUCAGCUAAGCAUUUACAGAUGAGCAAAUAUUAGGCAAGAAAAAGGAAAACCCUGCACAAUUUGGUGUCCACACAGAGGUUUUUUUUAUGUUGAACUUGAAGCCUACAAAGUGUCAUGCAUUCAUACAAUUCAACAGUCACCAUUUAGAACAUGUUUGGUGUCCUUCUUUGUGAACAAAUUAUGUAGCUGUGGGCUCUAUAUUGUGCUAGAGAAAUUCCUUUGGAGGUGUCAAACUGGCAGAAAUGUCAAAAGUGCAAAUUUGCCUUUAUCUCCUCCCUUUUGAGCAGUUGGCCACAAUUGUUGUUCUCUACACAUUAUCUAACACCUACAGCUGUAUAUCAACACUGCCUAUAUAACAACUUCAUACAAGUAGUUUGUGUUGCAUUUCCAUCCAGGUGAAUGGUUCUUCCUAAAGUGUGUAGAAAUGCUACAUGCAAAAUGAUUAUUUGUUAUAUAAAACGUUUUCUGAUAGUAAAUUUUUACAAAAUUUAGCUACACAAACUAAGCUGGGUUUUUUGUUGUUGUAUUUUUAACAAUAUGUCAAUAUCAAUCUUCAUACAAUUUUGUACCAAAAUCUGUUGCACAGCUUUCAGAUGACCACUUUUGACAUUUUCUUUGGUUUUAAAUACACCUCUCAGACUGAUUGAUGCUUUAACUCAAGUGAAAAUUUCUAAAGAAUCAAGUGUUCAGCCCUCUGAUAACCACACAUGUUUGAGCUUCUUUCAAGAGCAUAGUAAAAUCACCUAUUGUCUUGUAUGAUGUUUUUUUGCUGUAUACAUAUAUUUGUGGUUUGUUUGCUGACAACGAAUACCAUUGAUCAUUUUGUUAAACAAACCUGGUGACCCUCCUGAACUUUAGUAAGCCACUUCAGUCCAUUUUCAGUCAAGUAGUUAAAUUAUUGUCAUUGAUGUUGAAGUAGCAUUUUGUUCUCAGAGUUACUAUUUGACAUUCCAAUUUUGCAGUUAACAGAAAGUCUUUCUACAAGGUACAAUUUUGUCUUUUUUCCUCAGUCCAUAGUGUUCAUCAGUGGAGUGUUGGGUUGUCUGUUUUAUGAGCGCUUUAUAGGUGAGACAAUAUGGCAGACCUGUGUAGUUCAAUCACAAUAUUAUUGACACAAUAAGUAUGAACAGCUACGAUGUAAAGCUAAAUUUAGUCAUGAAGAAGGAACAAAGAUAAACCACAACUGUUGUUUGUUAUAACCUUUUGGUGUCACAUAUAAACAGCCCAUGUUCAUCAUGUCUGGAUCAAGCCAAGAAAUCCGAUCUACUGUGGUAAUACUAAGUGUUAAGAAGAUUUUUACACAUAUACAAGUGUGGCUAAGUUUACAAUGUUGAUAACAUGUAAUAAUAAAAUGGGUAUUUUCAAGAAUUAGAGAGAAACAUUUUUAUUUAUUGUCAAUUAAGUAACAUUUUUCUGACUUUGUUUUAUGAUGUCAUCAUUCAGAGGAACCUGAUGAAACAGGAAAAAGAGAU